AUGUCUGCCUUCUCUCAAAACUACUCGGAUAACUCAACGAAUACGAGCUUCGGCUCCCCCUCCUACCCAAAAUACACGAAGGUUAUGUUCUGUAUUAUCGGAGGCGUCUUGGCAGUCCCUGUCUUUGGUUUAACUGUGAAGCUGUUCGACGAAUUCGUCAUGAAGAAAUACUUCCCCGAUCAUCCAACCGCUGGAACACUGGUAAUGGAGUUUGCAUGGCAGAUUUUCCCCAGCCGGAAUGAUCAGAGGUUGAGAUACUGGUGA